GGUGGAAGCAGCUGUGUGUCACUUUAAUCACAUUACACAGACACACACACACACAUUGAGACACACACAUACACACACACACACAGCUGUAAUUUGAUUGGGUGAAUGAGUCGCAACAAGAAGCUACAUCAUAAUGACACUGAACUGACAGAAUGUGUGUGUGUGUGUGUGUGUGUGUGUGUGUGUGUGUGUGUGUGUGUGCGUGUGUGUGUGUGUUCCAGGACUUGAUGGAGAGCGACAGCAUCACUCUGGACUGGAUGUUCAGAUACUCUCUCAUCAAUGACAUCGUCAAGGGCAUGUUGUUCCUCCACAACAGCGUCCUGGUCUCCCACGGUAACCUGAAGUCCUCUAACUGUGUGGUGGACGGUCGCUUCGUCCUGAAGAUCACUGAUUAUGGUCUGGAGAGUCUCCGGACCAGCAGCUGUCCUGAGGACACGCACGCCUACUACGCACGUAAACUGUGGACGGCUCCGGAGCUGCUGAGGACAGACUGCCCCCCCCCCUGUGGGACUCAGAGAGGAGACGUCUACAGCUUCAGUAUCAUCUUGCAGGAGGUGGCUCUGCUGAGAGGAGUCUUCCACCUGGACUCACUCACUCUGACUCCCAAAGAGAUUGUCGAGGCGGUGCGUCAUGGCGGUGCACCCCCCCUCCGUCCCUCCCUCUGCGUCCACAGUCACAGUGAGGAUCUGGGGGUCCUGAUGCAACGCUGCUGGAGUGAAGGGCCCCAUGAGAGACCGGACUUCAACAGCGUCAAGAUCCUGCUGAGAAAGCAGCACAGGGGUUACGGGUCAAACAUCCUGGACAACCUUCUGUCUCGUAUGGAGCAGUACGCCAACAACCUGGAGGAGCUGGUGGAGGAGAGAACUCAGGCGUAUCACGAGGAGAAGAGGAAGGCUGAGGCUCUGCUGUACCAGAUACUACCUCACUCAGUAGCGGAGCAGUUGAAACGAGGUGAGAUGGUUCAGGCCGAAGCUUUUGACUCCGUCACCAUUUACUUCAGUGACAUCAUCGGCUUCACCGCCUUGUCGGCUGAGAGCACACCACUACAGGUCAGUAGAACCCAAGAGAACAUUAGAGGUCAGUAGAACCCAAGAGAACAUUAGAGGUCAGUAGAACCCAGGAGAACAUUAGAGGUCAGUAGAACCCAGGAGAACAUCAUUAGAGGUCAGUAGAACCCAGGAGAACAUUAGAGGUCAGUAGAACCCA